UCCUGGGUCAUGGCCUUGACUUCUGGAUCGAGACCUAUGAGUUCUAUGUCGUGAGAUACGAUUUGUGAGUUGGGUUCUAGGCUUCCGGGUUGCGACUUCUGGCUUCCGGCGCGUCCGCGAUGGCGGCGUAUCGUUCCCGGUCUCCCCUCCGGCGCUCGCCCCCCACGGAGCGCUCCAGCCGGACCUACUGCAGCGCCCAUCACUCCCAGUCCCUGCUGAGCGGCCUGGGGGCCCUUCGGGACGGGGGCUCCCUCUUCGACGUCACCUUGAAGGUGGAAGGACGGCCCCUCCGGGCCCACCGCAUCCUCCUGGCCGCCUCCUGCGACUACUUCAGGGGAAUGUUUACUAGCGGUUUGAAGGAAACGGACCAGGAGGAGGUCCAGAUCAAGGGGAUCUCGUACAAAGCCAUGCGCCGGAUCCUUGAUUUCAUCUACACUUCGGAACUGGAAAUCGGACUGAGUAGCGUGGAGGAGAUUCUGUCCGCCGCUUGCCAGCUUCAGAUCCCGGAGGUGAUCCGCUUCUGCUGCGACUUCCUGGCCUCCUGGGUGGACGCGGAGAACCUCCUGGAGGCCUACCGCCUGUCCGACUUCUUCAGCCUGGGCCACCUGUCCGAGCAGCUGGAUGCCUUUGUCCUCAAGAACUUUGUGGCCUUAUCCUGCACCUCCACCUACCGCCGCCUGCCUUUGGAGAAGCUGUACGUGCUCCUGAGCAGCGACUUGCUGCAGGUCCGUUCCGAGAUCGAGACCUACGAGGGGGCCCUCCACUACCACUUCGACCCCCAGCAGCUCGAGGCCGGCCAUUUCUCCUUAACGGGGUCCCUGAAGCUUCUGGAGACCGUCCGCUUCCCGCUAAUGGAGGUCCCGCUCCUGCAGAGACUCCACGAGAAGCUCGGCCCGUGUCCGCUGAAGAAGAUGGUGGCGCAGGGCCUGGCCUACCACUUGAACGAGGCCUACCAGCCCGUGCUGCAGGGGCCGUGGACGCAGAUCCGGUCGUGCUUCCACUGCGUGGUGGGCUUCGGCGGGUGGCACGGCAUCCCCUCGGUGGCCCUCAGCAGCCAGGGCUGGUUCCUGAACCCGCUCCUCAAGGGCUGGAGGCACCUCACCGUCACCCAGGCCCCACUCAUGUCCAACCAGGGGGUGGCCGUCUACAACAACUUCGUCUACCUCAUUGGCGGCGACAACAACCUGCAGGACUUCCGGGCAGAGGCCCGGUGCUGGAGGUACGACCCGCGUCACAACCGGUGGUUCCAGAUCCAGUCUCUGCAGCGAGAGCACACCAACAUGGCCGUCUGCCUCGUGGGGGAGCGCAUCUACGUCGUGGCCGGGCGCGACUACCACGAAGUCCUGCGGCAGGUGGAGCGCUACAACCCCCGGACGAACACCUGGGAGUACGUGAGGCCCCUCCAGAAGGUGGUGUAUGGGCACGCGGGGGCCACCUUGGACGGGAAGGUGUACAUCGCCUGCGGGAGGCGGGAGGAGGAGUACCUCAAGGAGCUCCAGUGCUACGACCCCGAGACAAACUGCUGGACUACUCUGCCCGACAGCCCCAUCCGGCGCGCAUGGCACGGCAUGGUGGCAAUGCUGGGGAAGCUGUACAUCGUAGGCGGGAGCAACAACGACUCUGGCUUCCGGCAGGAUGUCCUCGAGGUGUCCUGCUACUCCCCGAACUCGGCGCAAUGGACCACAGUCUCCCCGCUCAGGUUCGGACACAGCAAGCCCGGCAUUGCGGCCCUCGACCGGUGCAUCUACGUCUUGGGGGGCCAGUCCUACAACCACGGGUGCCUCUCGGCCGCCGUCCACGUCUACGACGCCCUCCAGGACCGAUGGGAAGACGGGCCCUCCCUGGAGAACGACGUUUCGGGGAUGGCGGCCUGCACCCUCACCCUGCCCCAGGCGGUGGUCCUCGAUGUCGACCGUUGGUCGCCGGACAGAUGGUGGCGCGAGGGAGGAGGGGAACUCUUUUCCUGAAGAGGACGAGAGCGUCUUGGACUGGGGUGAUGCCGACGAACUGAGUGACGGGAAUUGGGGGCCUUCUGUCUUGUGAUUCGUAUACGGUGGCGUUUUGGGGUGUCUCCUCCUCCUAUCGGGAAAAUGGCGUGUCGAAACCUAGCUGAUACUUCCUUGUUGUCUACCUGCGGUCCUGUCCUGUCCUGUCAACAUGGAGGGUUUGAGGGCGGAUGCGUCCUCUUCGUGGCCCUCCUCCUGUCAGGAAAAUGGCAUGUCAGAACUUUGGCAUCUAUGUCCUCCUAUCGGAAAAUGGCAUUUUGACAGCUUCUUCUUCGUUGUGGAAACUACUUCCUGGUUGAAGCAUUCUCUACAGGUUUGUGACGCCAAUUUGGAUUUCCGACCACAGAAUUUUGAGGAACCGAUUGCCAAUUUGUGGGAUGCGCGGUAACGGGGCUGUUUUUAAUGCGGAGAAGCCAAUAAUAAAGAGCUUUUUUAACAAGGAACAAUAAGAAAACUUUUCUAUAA